GACAGCGGCCUGCCCCGGCUCCUCUCCUCCACUCGGUCCUACUGAUUGAGGAGCGCUUACUGGGUGCAGAGCACUGGGCGAAGCGCUACGCAGCUCCAGCCUCGCCUCCUCCAUCCACCUGCCAGCCCAGGAGCCCUCUUCCCACCGCCCGAGCCCUCCUCCUCCUCCUCGCCAACGACCACCCGUCGAGGAGAGCCGGUCCUGCGCAUCCCACCCGUCGGCAUGGGGUGCCACACUUUGGCCUUAGCGCUCCUGCUCGCCUUCUGCAGCCCGGCGGUGUCCGGCCAGGACUGCGGUGGGCAGUGCCAAUGCGGGCCCGGUGCGCCCCAGGAAUGCCCUGCCGGCGUCAGCCUGGUGAUGGACGGCUGCGGCUGCUGUAGGGUGUGUGCCAAGCAGCUGGGCGAGCUGUGCACCGAAAGGGACCCCUGCGACCCCCACAAGGGCCUCUUCUGCGACUUUGGCUCCCCUGCCAACCGCAAGAUAGGAGUGUGCACCGCUCGAGACGGUGCUCCCUGCGUGUUCGGAGGCAUGGUGUACCGGAGCGGGGAGACUUUCCAGAGCAGCUGCAAGUACCAGUGCACCUGCCUGGAUGGGGCGGUGGGCUGCGUGCCCCUCUGCAGCAUGGACGUGCGGCUGCCCAGCCCCGACUGCCCCUUCCCCCGGAGGGUGAAGCUCCCUGGCAAGUGCUGUGAGGAAUGGGUGUGCGACGAGCCCAAGGAACAGACCAUGGUCGGACCCGCGCUAGCUGCCUACAAGCUGGAAGACUCCUAUGGCCCGGACCCAACUAUGAUCCGUGCCAACUGUCUGGUUCAGACCACCGAGUGGAGCGCGUGCUCCAAAACCUGCGGGAUGGGCAUCUCCACCAGAGUCACCAAUGACAACGCCUUCUGCAGACUAGAGAAGCAGAGCAGACUUUGCAUGGUCAGACCUUGUGAAGUAGACCUGGAGGAGAACAUUAAGAAAGGCAAGAAGUGCAUCCGAACACCCAAGAUCUCCAAGCCCGUUAAGUUCGAGCUGUCUGGCUGCACCAGUGUCAAGUCCUACAAGGCUAAGUUCUGCGGGGUCUGCACCGAUGGUCGCUGUUGCACUCCUCAUAGAACGGCCACCCUCCCCGUGGAGUUCAAAUGCCCUGACGGCGAAGUGAUGAAGAAAAAGAUGAUGUUCAUUAAGACCUGCGCCUGCCAUUACAACUGCCCCGGAGACAAUGACAUCUUCGAGUCUCUUUACUACAGGAAGAUGUACGGAGACAUGGCCUGAAGCCAGCCUGCGACAGACACUUAUUACCAGACUGCCAACUUGAACUGAUUCACAUCUCAUUUUUUUUUUUUUUUGUAAACAUGAUUUCAGUAGCACAAGUUAUUUAAAUCUGUUUUCCCCUAUCAAGAGGAGGGGGAAAAAAAAGACCCACAGAAUUUAACCUGUGGUUCCAUGUGAUAUUCAGAUAGAAAUUGUCUACCGACCCCAGACGUUGGUUUGAAGAAGAAAGCAAGACUUGACAGUGAGACUUGACCAGUGCACAGCUUCAGAAGCCGUGCUGGGGCGAUGCUUAGGGGAUGUUAGAGAGUGGAUAUGGGAAAGCUGACACUAUCAAGGGGUUGUUCCCUUGAAGUGAUAGCCUAUGUUCCACCUGACUGUGCAAUUGAGGAGACCCUUAUUAGACUCUCUGAAUUGGCUUUAGUUGGGAUGGGCUAUUUCAACCAUCAGAGUGAUAAGGAAGGUGUUUGUGAGCUUUGACCCUCUGAUUCCUGAAGGAUCAGAAUCGUGUCUAUUUGACUGGACAGCUUGGGGCAAGUUCAUUUUGCCUGAAACAAGCCAGAUUUUUAUUAAUAUUGUAAAUACUGUAUAUAUAUUUGUACAGUUAUCUAAAUUAAUUUAAAGUUGUUUUGUGCCUUUUGGGUUAAUGCUUUGAUAUUUUUCAAUGUUAGCCUCCUUUUUUGGUUUUUUUUUUUUUUUUUUUUGAACACGAUAGGUAGAAUGCAAGCCUUGUCUGACAACACAUUCAAAGCAUGAAAUAGAUAUUCCCAUGGAAAUCGGUUCAAAGGGAGUGACAGUGAACCAAGACAGUGAUUGUUUGCUAAGGGUGAGGCAAUGGAAUCCAGAGAGAAAAAGAGAGCCCCAUGUGGGUCGGAAAUGUGGGAGCCUUGCAUAGAACAAACAAAAGGCCUUCAGGUUAAGCAGAUGACUCUCUCCUAGUUGACCGAGCAUUCCAAGCAGGAGCAUUUGUUUCCUUCUUUGACCAGGACUGUUUCUAAACAGUUUGUUAUUUGUUGAAGUGUGACCAAAAGUUACAUGUUUGCACCUUUAUAGUUGGAAAUAAAGUAUUAUAUUUUUGGUA